AAAAGAUGAAAAGGAAUAUGCAUUGAAGCAAAUCGAAGGCACAGGAAUAUCCAUGUCAGCUUGUAGAGAGAUUGCACUUUUGAGAGAACUGAAGCACCCUAACGUGAUCGCAUUGCAGAAGGUGUUCCUUUCGCACAGCGACAGGAAGGUGUGGCUGUUGUUUGACUAUGCAGAACAUGACCUUUGGCACAUUAUUAAGUUUCACCGUGCAUCAAAAGCAAAUAAAAAGCCCAUGCAGUUACCAAGAUCUAUGGUUAAGUCACUGCUUUACCAGAUUCUCGAUGGUAUCCAUUACCUCCAUGCAAACUGGGUGCUUCACAGAGACCUGAAACCAGCAAAUAUCCUAGUAAUGGGAGAAGGUCCUGAAAGGGGGCGAGUCAAAAUAGCUGACAUGGGUUUUGCCAGAUUAUUCAAUUCUCCUCUAAAGCCACUCGCUGAUUUGGAUCCAGUGGUUGUGACAUUUUGGUAUCGGGCUCCAGAACUUUUACUUGGUGCCAGGCAUUAUACAAAGGCCAUUGAUAUAUGGGCGAUAGGCUGCAUAUUUGCUGAAUUGUUGACUUCAGAGCCUAUUUUUCACUGUCGUCAGGAGGAUAUAAAAACAAGCAAUCCUUUUCAUCAUGAUCAACUAGAUCGGAUAUUUAGUGUCAUGGGGUUUCCUGCAGAUAAAGACUGGGAAGAUAUUAGAAAAAUGCCAGAGUACCCAACACUUCAAAAAGACUUUAGAAGAACAACAUAUGCCAACAGUAGCCUCAUAAAGUACAUGGAGAAACACAAGGUCAAACCUGACAGCAAGGUGUUCCUCCUGCUUCAGAAACUCCUCACCAUGGAUCCCACGAAGAGGAUCACCUCAGAGCAGGCUCUGCAGGACCCUUACUUUCAGGAGGACCCCUUGCCCACGUUAGAUGUGUUUGCUGGCUGCCAGAUUCCAUACCCCAAAAGAGAGUUCCUUAAUGAAGAUGAACCAGAAGAGAAGGGUGAUAAGAAUCAGCCACAGCAGCAGAACCCACAUCAGCAGCCCACAGCCCCCCCACAGCAGACAGCAGCCCCAACACAGGCCCCUCCACCACAGCAGAGCAGUGCCCAAACCAAUGGGACUGCAGGGGGAGCUGCCGCCGCCGCCGCCGGUGCUGGAGCAGGGCUGCAGCACAGCCAGGACUCCAGCCUGAAUCAGGUGCCUCCAAACAAGAAGCCCCGGAUUGGGCCUUCUGGUGCAAGCUCAGGCGGGCCUGUUAUGCCGUCAGAUUAUCAGCACUCCAGUUCCCGCCUGAAUUACCAAAGCAGCGUUCAGGGGUCUUCCCAGUCCCAGAGCACACUAGGCUAUGCCUCAUCUCAACAGAGUACACAGUACCACCCUUCUCACCAGACCCACCGGUACUGACCCGCAGCCCACAGCCUCUGCUCGGCCAGGACAACACAGCACAGCCUCUAGCAGGGUGGUAUAUUUGCAUUGCAAAGAACCCCAGAAUGAAGACUGUGACUCCACACAAAACUCUCAGACACUUGAGAGGAAACCUUUGCAUACUGAGUGUUUGGAAGAACUAAUAUCUCUUCUUCAUUGACUUACAGAAGAUCUUGUGACGUGUCCCCAGCCCUCUUCCCUGCAUGAAUUCCUCGCUGACUCCCCGAUGAAGCCUCUGAUCUACCCCAGCACUUCUGCAACCCUUCAGCAGCUUCUGAAGGAGUUUCUGGUGCACCUUUCUCAUGCUGUAGCAAUCAUUAUUUAUCUUUUCUUAGGACUCAGUGUUUUAGGAACAGGGUUCCGUGGUGUAUAGUUUUAUACUUCAUGAACUGAUUUAGCCACACAAGUCAAAUGCACCUUUUAAAGCACUACACAGUCUUCACAGACUAACUGCUUUGCUCUUGGAAGUCUUAAAAAGAAACUGUUACUGUCCCAAAGUACUUUACUAUUAUGUUUUUAUUUAUCUCUUUCAGGGAAGGUCUGGUAAAAGACAGAUGUGGGGCAGAGGGUACCCACAACCAAAAACAGCGUCGAUCUUUGCAGCUGCCAUGCUUACGCUAUGAAGAACUGUAGUAGUUGGUGGUUUCUAUGUACUUGUUCAUGUGGAACUUAGUUCCUAGAAUCAUCAUAUUCUGAAUAAUAUUCAGUAAUUAAAAAUUAUAAUUUUAACCUUCAUGUAGCUAAGUCUACUUUAAAAGGGGUUUCAAGAGCUUUGAUGGAAUACGGUCCUUUGGGACCCACCUGGGAAAUCUGAAGAGACUGUUAACUGCACUAGGACUUCACCAAGGCGUCAUGCUGAUCAAAGAUAGCUGUUUCCCUCGCAGGAAAAGCUUCUGCGCAUGUAUCAUCGGAGGCAUUGGUUUCUCCAAGGGAGAUGUUGAUUCCUCAGUCUCCACAUCUGGGUCAGCAUGAGUGACUUUCUUACAUAAUCAAGGAUACUCAAAUCAAAGCCUGUUAAUUCAUCCACAGUGUUUUCCAUUUGUAUUUACAUUAGGCAUAGAGUGGCUAUUUUUAAAGCAUGUUAAAAUUUUAGGUUUUAUUCAUGUUCAAAGUAUGUAUUAUGUAUGCAUAAUUUUGCUGUUGUUACUGAGACUUAACGCUGUCAAGGAUCUUUUUAUUGCACUGAAUGCUUUCUUUUGCCCCUAGGAGAAAACUUAAUAAUUGUGCCUAAAAACUAUGGGCAGAUAGUGUAAAGUAGAUGAGGUGAAUAUUUGCAUUUCCAUGAUCUACGAAUUAGAGGGGAGUUCUUUUUUAGCUACUUUUAAGGAAUCCCUCACCCUCCAGAGUCAAGAGGAAAUGUAAAGGUGUAGAGCUCCCAUUGUAGUGCAGGGGGCAAGAACAUCUACGUUCUGAUGCUACUAGCAGCACCAGCCUUGUUUUCAAUGUUUCUUGAGCUAGAAAAAGUAGCCAAUUGUUGUAUAUGCAAACUAUAUGCAUUUUUAAAAACUAUUCUUGUGAACUUAUCUACCUGGUUAUGAUACUCUGGGGUCCAUAUUCAAGUAAAAUAAGAUUUUUGAAGCCAGUAUACAUUUUGCACUAUUGAUGUGAUACUGUAGCCAGCCAGGACCAUACUGAGUUCAGCAUAAUAAUGCUUUUAAGUAGUAAUAAAGGUUGUAUGGUGACAGCAUCCCAAGCCUGAAGAGGAAAUUGUUGAAUGCUUCCCUGGGAAGAGUUUCUGACUGGCUCCAUGUAUUUUUACCCCUUAUGUGUUUUAAAAUAAGAAUCAGCCUCCUGCAUAAUGUAGCUACCUAUGUAAAGUUCUGUCUUAUGCCCUAGAGCCUCUGUCCAGGGCCACUACUUCCUUACCACAGGCUCAAUGCUCUGUGGGGUAGAAAAACAAAGAACAAGACACAUUCCUUUUUACAGCCAAUUCAGUGACAAUAAGCUCAUAUGGGAUGUCUAUGCCACUUGUAACUGUCAUGUGAUAUAUGAAGGUCCUUUUGUUUACUUCUGAACCCACUUGGACAACUAUGCUUCUGAAUUUAUAGUAAACAGUGUUAUGGGAAGCAGGUAUGAGGCUGACCACUAGAGGAGAAAGCCAGUGAGUAACCGUCACUAAAGGCAUCUAUGCAUAUUUGAAAUGUUCACAGCAGCCUUCAACAGCAACUGGGUGGCCCUUGCAAACAGAGCACAUUCUACCAAGUGGUUGUAGGAAAUCACAGAAAAUAAGCUCUGUUCUUGCCCUUGAGUGAGCUCACAUUUAAUAAAAGACAUUAGCCUCAGUUUGUGUAUAAAACAAAAUACCAACAGCUCUUCGUACAAAAACUGGAUACAUGAUUCUGGCAGUAUGCACUUAAACAUUCACAGGACUGGCCUGGUAAAGCUGACACACACAGGGUACCUUGUCAAUUGCUUCCAGUGUAGUGUUUUCCAGGAUGUAGCCAGCCAGCUCCAUUCUGAACACAGCUGGGUUCCACAUCACUGCACUGGUUCUGACCCUUUGCUUUUCUCUUCUUGCCUCAGGGUUGGUGAUGCAUACCUGUGCCCAGUACUCUUAGAAAUAACCUUCAUUCAUUAUUUCCUUUCUCUAUAAAGGAAGCAAAGCUUUUCUUAUACAGUAGGCCCAUAGUCCAUGGGGUGGGACCUGUGAAACUUUUUAAGGGUAGAAUUUACCUUUGUGAGCCUCAAAUGAUUACAUUCCUCUUUGAACAUUUAUUAGAUACUAUUUUGUCCUCUAAGAACAUGGAGGCAUCCUCAGACUUACAAGAACCUCGGAGUCUAGGCCGGUAUUGAAGGAUUGAGUUGAAAGGUUUCUGUUCUUUUAAUUAGAGGUCACUUUUAGAGGUAGCUUUGCAUAGGGGUGUUGGGAGAAAGGAGUCAGGAGGUUGGGACAGACUAGCUUGAAGUCAGGUAGCUUGAGCCUGGGCUGGUAAUACGAGAUUGAAGCAAUCCUUUUGAUGAAGUAAACCAUGAAGUGAGAUGCAGAAAUCAAGGACAUGUUUAUUUUUAUAUCUGUGCUUUUGAGACUUUAAGACUUAGAAUUCUGACAGUCUGCACUAUUUCACUCUAACAUAAGGGAUGCCUUUAAGACAGGAAGGGAUGGCAUCCACACGCAUACAUGUUCACUGUCUCAUGCCUGGUGCAACAAGUUGCUAGUUGUUCUCUGUGCCUCUGAAAUGAUGCUCUUUUCGUCUCUAAAGGGAAAAGGAAUUGGAGAGUAAGGUUUGCAGUUUGCUUUGCUUUUGAGUUGUUAAUAUGUAGCCGCAGCUAUACACUGAGGAAGACUUGCAGGGAAGCUAUGUCUCCAGCUCAGUGCUGCUCCGUAGGAGACGGAGAAAGGCAGUAGAUAACCAUUGGGCUUAAUGGAGGCUUGAAGGAGUCAGGUACAAGUCAUAAUUUUAUACAAAAUGUAGCAAUUUAGGUCCCCAUAUCAGCAAGAAUAGUUAUGAAUAUCAUAACCCCACAGGUCAGUGUUCGAGGACUUUGUGUUGUACCCAAGGAGGUACUUAUUCCUCUAAGCUGUUGCCAGUAGGGAGUGCUGCGUAUGUGUUAUACGGGAAAUUACCUAAUGCACUGUUAUCAACUAUAGUGAGUAAAUUAAGACUAUUUAAUUUUUUUAAAGCUUUGUCUGGGUAGACACUAAAAGCAUUAUACAAAGCCAGGACUGAGGUGUCCUUUUUAAUAACAACUGAAAGUACUUUUUAUAUAUGUUAUACAGUAUGUCCUUUCUAAACUAGUUUGUAUUUCUGAUAAUCCUAUUUGUGAAGUGUACCUGUCUAUCUUUUUUGGUCAUUUUCUGCACGCAUCCCCUCUGUAUGACCGUAGAUAUUGCCAUGGCUCUCCUUGCUCUGCUGUGAUGUGUAUACUCCGAGCCUGAGGCCCUCAGUAGCCCGUUCUGGGGAUGCAGGAAGUAUUGCAUCCUCAGAACUGAGGGCUUCCGCUCCUGAGUUACCCAGCCAUCCUUCUCAAAGUGACUGUUCCAGCUACAAUAAGUUACAUGUAUUUUAUAUUCUUGGUUGAAAUAAAAUUUAAUUAACUUUG